AUGUCGGCACCCGCUGGAGCUGGCAAGACGUUUGUUGCGGUACAGUGCGCAUGCAAUAAAAUUACAAAGAGCUCUGAGGGACUGGUCUUGUUCGUGGCUCCAUCGAUCAGCCUCGGGCUCUAUUUCUUCCAAUGGCUCGCUCAAAGAUGCGCGAAAGACUUGUCCCUUGACAAUGUGCUGAGCCGCAUCGUGCUGAUGAUAUCGCCGUACGAAUCAUUUCUGAGUCUCCACGAUGAAGGCGGCCGCUUAAAACCGAGGUGUUUAUCUGAAAGCAGGAUGCAAUUUAUUUUGGCGAUCGUCGAUGAGUCGCAUGAUGUAUUCCGGUCCACUGAGUAUCAUAGCUUUUUUGAUUACAAGGUUGAGGCGGAGCAAUGUUUGUUGCUCUCCAGUAAGUCCCAAGCAUCAGGAGAUGAGUGUACUUUUACAGGUGUCACGGCGCUGAACCUCACUGAAAUCGUGAGAAGCAGCCAACGGAUCGUUGCAGCAUCAGCUGCGUUUCAAGGGAGCCCUGAUGAGAAGGAGGGUGUCGCUUCACUGUGCCCAGCUGGGCCUCCUCUGAAGUCUUUUUUGUUUGAGUCAGAUCGUGACACUGUGGAUUAUGAGAAGUAUGCAGAGAAGACAGUCGCUGCACUUUGGGAUUUGAUGGGGACCUAUGCAGGCCUCAGCUUUCACCGACGCAUAGCUCUUCUUGUGCCAAAAUAUUUCCUCCAGAAUUUCAAGCAAAGAAUGCAAGACCAUUUGGCUCAUUGCUUCGCAGGGCGAAACUUUGCGCUUACAUCAUUUCAGGAGGCCCUGUCCGUACUUCCCAACCGCGAGGAGAAACGAACCAUGGCUGAGGUGAUCAUCAUGGACACAGUGGAGAAUUGCAAGGGCUUGGAGCAAUUGAUAAUCGUUUGCAUUGGUUUGGAUGAAAAACUGGGAAGCCAGAAGGCCAAUUGCAAAACUCGCGCUUCAAUCUACCAAGCCAUCACCCGAGCGCAGCUUCAAGCCAUUGUGGUGAACCAGCGUCUUCAAGGUGGUUGGUUUGAAUUCUUAGGAUUGGUGAAGUUUAAGGAGGAUAUUUUUGAUGAGUUUUCAGCUAUGGCAGAGACCGACACCCAAGCUGCUGCUCAGAGCAUCUCCCAAGCAGUGCCAUCAGGGGAUGCACACCGGUCAGAGUUGCGGCCUCCGCUGAUGAGAGGUCAAAGUGAGCCCUCAACACACGAUGAGUUGAAAGCCGGGGGCCCCGCACCUGCAGUGAAGGACUCCUCUGUAUGGGACACGGAACAUAAUGACAUCAAGCUGAUCCACCAGCUGCAGUUUGACCCUCGCAAGGCAUCGUCAGCUGCCUCGACUGGUGAUAUGCGAUCGGCGGCGGCGUCACAGCAAGGACACUUGUUGUUGAGCGGGCGCCGCAACAAGGAUGAGAUUAAUGAGUAUAUGAAGGCAGUGAAGAAGCAGCUGGAAGCUCGAAAUGUACCGGUUUUCAUGGUUGAAGCAACCGUCGGCCAAAGUUUUGCUGACGUGACACGGAUAGGACUGGGCCGUGCCAAAGGCAUCGUAACAUUUUGCACGUCGGAAUAUGGGGCAUACACUGGUAUGGGCUAUGAAACUUUCCAUGAGCUUGAAUACGCUCAUGACCACCGGUUGCCCUUGUUUCCGAUUAGGCUCUGCGAACAGUGGCCACCAGCGCCACAGGACAACGAACGAGGCAUCUAUCAGAAUCAAUUGGUGUUCAAAAACGGCCUGGUGUACAUAGAUGAUCGGCAGAUGAAUAAGGCCCAACACGUUGCUGAUCAGAUCGCUGAAUCAGUGGCGCACAUGAGCCGUGAGGCCGUGCUGAUCUCCUUAAAGGACUGGAAUUUGGGCGAGACGACUGGUGAAGCUCCGCGGAGCGUUGUGGUUCAGGCAGUUGUUCGCUGUUUGAUCACCCGAAUGUCCCGAUGGAAUAUGCGAGCAUGGGCUGUGGCCGCUCGGCAGUUCGGCAGCCUGACGUGUGGCAGCUCGGAGAUCGGGACGGGUUUCAUCACCCGCCUUUACAAGGCCGCAGCCGCCGUAGCAAUAGACGCUAAGGCAGACGAAGCUGCAGCGAAAGACUGUCAAGACCUCAGAUUGUUGAAUUCGCUCAGCGGGCUACAGGAUAUCCAUGAGGCGGCCGAGGAGGGCAACGUGGGUGCCGUGAGGCACUUCCUGCGUGUCGACCCCGAGAGCCUGAAGACGACGUAUGGACGCUUCGGCCGCAGCCUCGGAGCUGAAGUUGGAAGCUACGAAGCAGAUCCACGCCUUCCAUAA